GCCCUUCCCUGUGGAACCAACUGCCAUAACAGUCAUCAACAGUAAUAAGGUUGAAGUGACAUCUGCUUCAGAGUAUCUGACGAAGUGUGUAUUACACAGGAAAGCUCAUACCUUGAAAGCUUAUAUUUAGUUGAUCUUAAAGGUGUCACUGGAAUUAUUAAAAAAGAUUUUUUUCAACUUUCAUCUUGUUAUUUAUCAUGUUCUGGAUUUCCUUAGCAAUUGUCCACUUACAUAUAUGUUGAAUUUGAUAGCACUGUGGUCACUGUUCCCAUUUGAUUCAACCACACUUACAUCUUGUCAGUUGAGAUCAUCAAACAGGACCCCCUCCCUGUUGAGCACCCAGCACCUACUGAAUACUUUUUUUUUAUUCCAGCAGGUAUUUUUAACUGAAGUCUGAUGUAAUCAAUGUUAACUUUUUCUGCGAUGUAUUUCUUGUAUGCCACUUCAGAGAUGAUUAUAGUAAAGUGGUGUAUAAGCUGUUUAAAUAGUAAAUAGUUAAAUGCAAUUUUUAAAAUAAUUGUAUAACAAGGGGAAAAAACACUUGUAUCUGAACAUAUUUUAAUCGACACAGACUUCAAUAAAUAGCAUCCUAGCAAUAGGUUAAUUUUAUGGAGUUUAAAGCUAAGCAUACAAGUUCUAAAAGCAUGCCUUGAGAUCCAUAUUAACUCUAGUAUGUUGUCGGGGGAAGAGGGAGAGGGAGGGGGAAGAGGAAGGAUGGUGUUGGCUGAAACGAAGUCCGAUCCUGUAUAGAUCACUAGUGGAAGCGCCAACAGAAACGUGAACAGAUUCCACACGAUGAUAAGGAAGCCUGCAUCUGGACAGGACCUUGUCUCUUCGGCGUAGGGGAAGCGGAGCGGCUGUUAUUCGUGGCUGCUCCACCCAGGUCUGAGACACAUUACAGAGUGAAAGAGGGGACGGGGGACACAAGAGCCGUGUAAACCCCUCCGCGGGUACCGUGAAAACAGACUCCUUUUGUCUGAAUCUUCCCCGUGCAAAGAAGACGGCUGUCUUUGUAUUGGUGCGCCUAAGUAUUUAAUUUGUGUUUAAUUUGUUUAAUUGUGUUUAAUUUGCCAAGUAACUGCAAAAAGCGACAGGAAACUUGCUCCCGAGUAGUACUGUUGAACCGUAUGCAGUUCCUCUGAGUCAGCCUGGAGAUUUCAGAGGACUUGAAGGCAGCAAGAGGAACGCCUCUCUCGGACCUUCAUUCAUUCAUUUCUCAAAAUAAGCAAAAAUAAACAAAUCCUGCCUUGUGCGGGCUGGCAGUUUAGAAAAAGCCUGGCUCCUUUUUUUAAAAAAAAUGUCUUAUUUGGUGCUACGGCCCCUCCACCACGAGGUGGCUACGGACGAAGGCGAAGGGAAGUGGGAUCGGAUCAUAAAGAAACAGAGAAUCGUUCAAAGCGCCAUGGAGGGAAACCCCUUGACAGCCUCGGCUUGAAAGAAGCCACGCCUCUCUCCUUCUGCACAAGAGGAAUGAAAAAAGAAAAAAGUCCACUCGAAAGGCCUGCCUUUCACCUCCCCCCUCCCGCGCGCCAUCCCCGCUCGUCUCUCUCCUGCAUCCAAUGAGAGACGGGUGGGCGUGGCUAGCCUCGUUCUGCUCCGAGGAAUCCUAUAUAAAGCACGGGGAGGACGCCAGUUCGCUCUUUCGCCUGGACCUCGAGGAAGCAGGUGAGGGUUGGGUACGGGAGUAGCCGUUAAACGGGAAUUGCCGCCAUUUUGUGGCAGGGUGCGCUUUGUCACUCGCGCUCUCGCUGCAGAAACGGCGCUUUUAAAAAUUAUUUUCGCGAGCUUUCCCUCGGCGUUAGUGCACCCCCUGCCUCGGUAGCUUUUGGGGGGCGACCAAUGAAGGUUGCGUGGGGGCCGCGGGCGACGUGGGGGCGCUGCGCGUGCAGGAGUUUCGUGAUGGGGUGUUGUAGGCUGGGAUUGGCAGGCUCCCUCGCACGUGGAGGCUUGAAUUAAGAGGAUAUUUUUAAUGAUGUGUUAAAGUGGGGGGAGACUCCUGUCUUAUUGCACGGCUAAAAGGAGCGAGCAUUUUUUUUUAUUCCACGUCUUUUCCCGCCGAAAAUCGCUCUCCCACGUGUCUCCCCCCCAUCUGCAAAUUUGGAGCAAAUUAAAGUGGGGAAGCGCGUAGCUACAGGUAGGAAAACCACGAAGGAGGAAGAGAGGUUCUCGCCGCCGCCCUAUAGGGAUCUCGUCUCCACCCCGCGGCUGAUAUUUCAUAAAAAAGCACGAGGGAGGAGGUCAAGAGAACGGACGAGCCCAUCGUAAAUAAAUCCAGCUCUCGGGAGCAGUAUGACUGUAAUUCUUAGCAGCGGCCUUAAGUGCUUGCUAGGAUUUCUCCCAAAUGAAAUGAACGGGACUGAAAUAGUUAGGGCUGGAAUUGCCUCGGUUGCUUGGAUCCCCAAGUAAAAGGCGUGCCUAUCUAACACACGCCAAAGUUCUAACAUAAUCAGACUAAUUUCAUGAAAUCUUGACCCACUAAUCUACUGUCUUAAUAACUUUCUUUACCUGCUGAUUAAGAUUUCACUAAAUCAUAGAAUCAGAAGGGACCACGAGGGUCAUCUAGUACGACCCCCUGCAACGCAGGAAACUUUGUCCAUGACUUGCACCCCCAACGCUGAGAUUAAGACUCAUGCUUUACCAACUGAGCUCUCCCUUGGCUACAUCUGAUGAAGUGGACUUUAGUCCAUGGAAGCUUGUGCCAUAACAGUCAUGUUGUCGCAAGAGGUGCUCUUUGUUGUAUGCUGCAAACCUGGAUAGCUGUGUAAUCGGAUUUUAACCCUGUCUUAUUUUAUCUCUGUUCCAGGAGCUAUGGAACUAAGAUUUGUGUUACUAUUGUGGGGACACAAAAUGAGCUCUGUGGUAUGUAUCCAGUACUCUGCUUCAAAAUACUUGCAUACUGUACUUUAGCUAAGAUUUUGAAAGUAUUCCAGAUAUUAAUUACAUUGCAGCCAACUUUAAGCAGGUGUUAGACAUUUGUGUACUUGGAAUCCUUAUUUUGGAUAAUAGUGGCAUUACCUUAUUAAAACACAUCUAUUUCUGUGUAUGCUUGUCAAUAUCCUGCAAAUGAAAACCUUCAGCUGGAACAUUCUGACUUGUACUUUGUUCUUAACUACAUACAACACUAUAGCUCAGGUCAUAGUAUCCUAGAUGCACAGUUCAUUUUCUGAACAUGCAUGAUUAUGGUUUUAAAGGGGUGCCUUCUAAGGGAGCAGUCCUAACCCUGGAGGCAUGCUGCUGGAAAGAGUUUGGGAUUUGUGGAGAUUUCCCUCUGCUGGGCUUUCUCUGCCAAUGCAGGUCCGCACAUGUACUGGAAAGGGACCCAAAUUGCUGUGGGAUAGCUGUUUCUGCCUGGAGCUGCUACAACAAGCAUUGCAAAAAUAAUGCCCUAACAAGGCAGCAGGGCUUUGGGUGUGGUAGUGGCUCCAAGUGACCAUGGGCCCCUGUUAGAGUUCAGUAGCACCAACCUGAAGAAGCGUGCAUGCACACGAAAGCUUAUACCAAGAAGAAACUUAGUUGGUCUCUAAGGAGCUACUGGACAUUCUUUUAUAUAUAUUUCGCCUGUGUCAGACCAACACAGCUACCUACCUGAAUCUACAACCCUGUUAGAGUUGUACUCAUGCAUUAAAAUACAGAAUUCAGGCAGAAGGAAUUAAGUUUUGUGAUGAAUCUUGUUUGCCAGUUAUGAGUCACAGUUUUGAUAUUCCCUGACUUAAUUCUUUUAUUGUGUAUUACUACUUUUCCUUCUUCUGAACUUUAUAAAAUUUUAUUUUCAGAUUAUGAAAACACCAACAUAUGUAGAAAAGUAUUCUAUGGAGAAUAGUGGAUUUUCUUAGGUAUGUUAAAAUGCUGUUUGGAGACUAAAGUCAUUAACUGUAAGGUUACUGUUUGGGAACUCAAAACUGCUCUCCUCAGCUUUUGUAAGAGGAUGAGAGAUUGAGAAACUAGGGAGAGGGAGAAUUCUGUUGCUGUAACUUAAGUCACUGUAGUGUUGCUUGACUGGUAAACAACAUAAGAGUUCUGCUGGAUUAGACCGAAGGUCUACCUAGUCCAGCAUUUUUUUCUCAGUGCCUAACCAGAUAUGCAUGGAAAUCCCACAAGCAGGGUGUGGAUGCAGUAGCAGCCUCCUGCAUGAUAUCCUUCAUGAAUUUGUUCCAUUUUAAAACCAUCACAAGUUGGCAGAUAUCACUACAUUUUUUGGGUGUGAAUUCCAUCUGUUAAUUAUUUGAAUAAAUACAUAUUUGUCCUGAGAUCUCCCACCAUUCAGCUUUGUUGGGUACACUUGGAUUCUAAUUUUAUGAAGUGUCAAAACUAAAAAGCCCCAGAUGUUGUAACCUUAGUUCAUGUGGGAGUUGCUCCAGCCUCUUGUGUCAAACUCCACUUUGGAAGGUAAUUUAUUUUUUUAAAUCAGCACGUGCAGGUGUAACAUUGUCUCCCUGCAUGCCAUGAUUUGCAGACUGGAUUCAUGCAACUUUCCCUUGAUGCCAUUAACUAUGGUUCUGUUGCAUUUGUGCUGCUGUUUUCAUGGCUUGUAAACUUAUUUUAAACCAUGGUGUGCAGUUUGAACUAAGGAAACAUGGGUUUGCAUUGUUGUGUAAGAAAUCUCUAGUUAUCACUGUUCUGCAGAAUAAAAAGAAAAUUGGGUUUCUUACCAGAAGGAGAAAUAUAAGGAAAAGCAUUUCCCUAAUACAGUAUUUUUUCCUUUUCAGGCUUGAAGCUACUUUAUCCUAAAGGUAUGUGAGUUAAAUUUUCAUAUUGAGAAUGUAUUGGCAUUGGUUCAACCGGUGAUGAGCCUAUCCCGAACCUGAUACAGUUUGAUGAAAAACUGCCAAUAUGGAUCCGGCUUCUGAGACUACCAUCAGUAAACCAGUGUUUGAUAUGUAGAUAAUAAAUCAAAUUCUGUUGACGCUGAUGCUACUUUCUCUGUCUUUCACUUAAAGGUUAUAGCAGAUGAAAUCCAGGCAGCAGUUCCUCAUUCCUAACGUACAUUAAGCAGGUGGAAUGUUUUGAAUUGGUAAGUUGUAUUCAAAUGGGCAGGGGGGGACAUGCUGGUUUGGUGCCACUGCUUGAAGUGCCUUGGUGCAAAGUUAAGUCUCUAAAACCUUCCUUAUGGACUUUUCCAAGGCAAGUGUUGUGUGGCCAGUAGGUUGCUGUUACUGGACUGAGCAUCUUCCAAGCAGUAGCUGCACCCUACCAGCUUUUGGUGAAGGUCCAGCAGAAUUGUUUUGCUGAUGUGCCUAAGACUCUACAGCCAGGACUGGGUGCCUCCAGAUAUUGGACUUCCACCAGUCCCAGUCCCAACAGAGUGGUUAGGAAUGAUGGGAACUGUAGUCCAGUAAUAUCUGGAGGGUGACAGGUUCUGUAUGCCUGCUCUGUAGACAUCUCCAUGAAAACCACCAAAUAACAUGCUGGCUUUGUCUCUAACAACCUGCAGCUUCAAAGUUGGAGGAGAUGGUUUGGUUCUUUUCACAUUUGCCAGAUUGUGGUGUCACACUUGAUGCAGAAAGGGAUUAUGUGAGCCUGUAAAAAUAUUGGAACUGGGCUGGCUUGUUUUAUGUUAUUAGAAAGCCUCUAUAAUAUAUAGCAAUAAUGGAUGGGGUUUUUUGUACCCCUCCCAUCUGACUGUGUUACCCCAGCGACUGGGCAGCUUGCAACAGAUUGAACAAAAACACAACAGAACAUCACAUUAAAAGCUUCCGAUACAGGGCUACCUUCAGAUGUUAGCUUUCACUAACGUGCCUUCCAACUGUUUGGGACUAGAAUUCCCAUCUGCCCCAGCUAGCAGCGUCAUGCUUCCUGUGGUCUGUGGUCCAAAACAUCCGGAGGGCCCCAGGUUGAUGAAGUCUGCUUUGUUGGGCUUCAGUUUGUUAUCUAAGGCCAAACAAGCUUUUAUCUUUGUAACUACCAUUUAACCUCUGAGCUCAGUGUAUAGACAUGUGUCAUAAAACAGGACUCUUAAGACAUAAAUGUUCCAGAUUUAUAAUUAAUAUUUCUCUGUUGAAUAUAAGUUAUUUUAAAGUUUCAUCAUUGCUUUCUGAACAGGGAUGUGACGGAGAGCCAAGCCUGUAGGCGGAAGACUCAAUUCCUUUUUACAGUGCCUGUUGCAAAAACAGGUAAGAAAACAUUUGCAUGUGUUGAUUUGCAAAGCACUUGAGAAUCAAAAGUAGCAACCAAUAAAAACCAUAGAAAUGUUUGAAGUGGACUCUGAUAUGAAUAAAGCUCCAACUGAAUUAUAUUGAAAACAACAGUUGAGCCGCCACCAGGAUUCACAAUAAUAAGACCUGAAACAUUUAAUAGUUCAGACUGGGAAUAAGUAUGUUGCUUAAAUGUAUUUCUACUGGUCUUAAAUUAUUGAUCUUGAGUACAAUAGAUGUUCUAAUAAUCUGCAUUAAUCUUUUUUUAAUUGUGUUUAAUUUUUCAGUGAUAAGAAGUAAAUGCAUCAAACAAGGUUAUCUGGAAUCUACCUGAAUGAAGUUGCAGCGUGCAUGUGUGCCUCCAUUAAGGAAUAUCAGAUUAAUAAUAAAAUAUAAAUGAAAACAUUUAUUGCAGUUAAAUGUUUAUAACAAUUAUAUGUCCAGUGGCUUUGCUAUAUUCAAAGUUUGAUGUUCUCAAAUGGUUCUUUUUCAUGUCAUGGGAUCUUAUGUGGCUCUUGAGAAUGAAGAUUGAAGCAAUGUUUCAGAAUAAAGCUUUACAAUCACUGU